GCGGCUCCUCCGGAUCACACACAUCAGAGUCUUCCUUGCUGUAGAGAACGAUGUCUGGACGCGGCAAACAAGGAGGCAAAGUCCGGGCUAAGGCCAAGACCCGCUCCUCCCGGGCAGGGCUCCAGUUCCCGGUCGGCCGAGUGCACAGGCUCCUCCGCAAGGGCAACUACGCCCAGAGGGUGGGCGCCGGCGCUCCCGUCUACUUGGCCGCUGUGCUCGAGUAUCUCACCGCCGAGAUCCUGGAGCUGGCCGGCAAUGCCGCCCGCGACAACAAGAAGACCCGCAUCAUCCCCCGCCACCUGCAGCUGGCCGUGCGCAACGACGAGGAGCUCAACAAGCUGCUGGGCGGCGUCACCAUCGCCCAGGGAGGCGUCCUGCCCAACAUCCAGGCCGUGCUGCUGCCCAAGAAGACCGAGAGCACCAAGUCGGCCAAGAGCAAGUGAGCCCGG